AUGUCCGUCAGAACUGUCCAAACAUCUUUCACAUCCCACAGCGCCUCCACAGCCGCACUGUCUACCAUGAUAGCUACUUCCAAUGUCCUCACCGCUGUCGACCUCAAUGUCGCUUACCCACCUGGUCUCGAAAGCUAUCGUGCGGACAAGGGACUCGUCAUCCGUGGUCGCUCGUAUAGUGGUUCUGCAGCGAGGAACUCAUACUCUAACCAGGCCAGUGGUGGUCCGAACUUGAGUUACUCGCGCAGCUCUAAUCGAGCUGGGAGCAACAAACGCUAUCCACAUGGAAUGCGUUUGCCUUCCUCAUCCUACAACCAAACGCAGAACCAGACCCGGAGAGCUGGCUUCUCCAGCUCAACGAAGCAGGAAAACAGCCUUCUUGGCCCAUCAUUGUACCAACGUACGGAGCGCUUUGAUCCAUUCGGAGACUCGAAGGAACCUCCUCUAUCCACCUCCCCCGUUUUCACCUCUACUGGGCCGUCGAACGUAUCCCAACCAUUAUAUACCCACUAUUAUUAUUACGACCCGAACACGAACCGCCCUACGCUCGCUUACGCUGACGACAAGAAUUCAGCUAAUGCUGCCAACCUUACUGCCUCUACUAAUCUUCUUCUGGACACACUCCUUAAUGGUCGUCGAUCGCCGUCUCCACCGCAGCCUACUAUGUCCGAUCCAUCACCGGUCGCAGUCACGGCUGAUUCCCCAGUUCAGCCUCAAACUCGGUCUCCAUCUCCGCCGCACUCACUACGUCCACGAGCUGCGGCGAUUUCACGUCCAAGCUCUACGAUUACGCCCUCUCCUAUUCUCUCGCAGCCGAUUGCGAGUGUAUCGCCUCCUCCCCCUCCUAUCAAGGUGUCCAAGGCUCAACGAGACGCUAUAGCACGUAUCGUGGCAAACAUGCUAUUGAAUCGUGCUGAUGGCAUUAGCCGACGUGGACGCAGAUGCAAUAACACUGGUUAUGUGAAGAGUGGACUGUCGAGGGUGGUUUCCGUAGAGUGA